CACACGGCUGCAUUCCAGCACACCAGCUGUCAUCUCUUUCUGCAAUAAAAAGCCGAUGUCAGGCUUUUUAAAAAUGACAUCACAUUGUGCAAGUUUCCAACAUGGCGUCCAGCCGGGUGCCGGAGAGGGAGGUCCGGGAGGAGUCGAAGCGCGCUGCGACCGCAAACCCCGACUUCAGCCCCCACAAAUACUCGUUGCUCAUCAUCAUAGGACGCAGCGCUCUCCUCAGACGGACGGCGCCCAUCGACAGGGAGAUCGAACGAGGUAUUCAGUCAUGGGACAUUGACUUAAAGUCCUGUAACCUGAACCUCUAUCUCCAAGAGUUUCUUUCCCAACACACAGCAUCUUUCAAGGGUGCAGGGCAGAAGUGUCUGCGGCACAGUAACAGAGUGUUGGACACCCAGGUCCUGAUCAGUCCAUCUCAAGAACAGGUUCAUUCAGAGCUCAUCUCUGGUACUCUUUCCCCUCCAUCUCCCUUUGACCUCUUGCCUCCGCCCAUCACCGUGGGUUUUCUGAAGCUGUCCCGCCCCUGCUGCUACGUGUUCCCUGCCGGCCGCGGCGACUGUGCCUUUUUUGCCGUUAACGGGUUCACGGUGCUGGUGGAUGGCGGCUCGGACUCCCAGGCCUGUUUUUGGAAGCUGGUCCGACACCUCGACCGAGUUGAUGCAGUUUUGAUGACGCACAUUGGGACAGAAAACCUCCCCGGGGUCAACGUCUUCCUGGAGAGGAAGGUGGCUGAGUUGGAGCUCAUCUCUGAUAUCAAAGAUGACACAUCUAAGAAGCUAAUCUCCCCCGAGCUGGGAGUAGUCUUCUUUAAUGCCCCCAGUGGGUUACAGGUGGAUGUACAGCCUUGUGUGGACAACGUACUGAAGAGCACACACCAGGCAGCCCUAACCCUACAGUUGUUGAAGAAAUUAGACAUCAGACCACAGCCAUUGUUUCGCCCGCAAGGAGUUCCCAUUGAACCGCUAACCCUGUUCCAGAAGAUGGGAGUGGGACAGUUGGAUUUAUACAUCCUCAGCCCUGGCGUAAACAGCCAGGAGUACCAGACACUCAUGCACAGCUGGCCUGACGCAGUAUCCUCAGCAACAAAAUCCCAAACUCUCCCUCUCACCACCCUGGCUUCAGUUUCUGCCCUGCUGGUGUGGCACCCGGCAUGUCCCCAGGAGAAGGUGGUCAGGGUGCUGUUUCCCGGUGUUACCCCACAAGCAAAGCUGUUGCUCGGGCUCGAGAAGCUUAAGGGGCUGGCCUUCCUCCAGAAACCCUCAGUGACCACCGGAGACAUGGAGAGACUGGGGGAGGACGGAAAGACCAAGAGGACAGAGAACCAGGGGACUGGCAAGUCACAAGGAAAGGAGUCAACAAACAAACAUGGGAAAGAGACAGGAGUCAAAGAAGAGGGAAAGGAGGAAAAAGGAAAGGUAUUAAAUGGAGUCCCUUCAAGAGAUUCUGAUAAAACCAGAAUCAAAAACAAAGGUGGAAAGCCAAAAGGACCAUUGUCAGAGAAUAAUACAUCUAAGAAAGGAGGGAGGAAGGACGGGAAAAAGGAAGAGAAGCCCGUGAAUAAACAGGAGAACAGUGCUAAGAAAAACCAUCAGGGGGAAAAGGAUAUUUUCCCUUUCAAACCAAAUAAUGAAAAUAAAACUAAGCUCAAAAAGGAAGCAAAAAAUGACUCUAAAACAGGGGCGAAGAAACCAGGAAAACUAUCAGGAAAGGAUGUAAAUAACGGCAAGAAAGUAAAUGCAAACACUGCGAAAAAACCUGACACUGGGAGUCGUUUGGGAAUCCCAGAGCCCGGGGGGCUUGAUACAGAGCAGCAUAAUCACAAACCAGAGAAAGAGUCUGAAGACAACCCCUGUGGCUCCAAGCUGUCUACCCCUGAGGAUAUGACAAAGGAUUUUCUCAGGCUCCGGGAGGAAACGGAAAGAGCUGAGGCACAGGUGGAAACAGCAGAUAAAACAAAGCAAAAAAGCUGCCAGUCAGGAAAUGAAAAGAGCUUUGGAGGUACGAGCAAAGAGAAGAGUAUCGCAGCUGAAGAGGCUGCAGGGAUAUUGGGAGCAAAGAGUGGUGAUAGUGGAGCGCAAGGCAAAGCUUGGACUGGAGAGAAAGCUGACGUAGACCUGCAGACAGUGCAUAGUGCAAGGGCUCCAAAACCAGCAAAGGUUGUGGGAUUUCCCGCUCCCCUGAACAAGGCACCAAAGAACGAGUGCACAGUCCAGCUUGACUUAACCCCGACCGAAUACACUCUCUUGGACGGGGCUUUGAGAAACAGCCCCCCGUCCCGCUCCUCUCCAGAGACCCAGGCUCCUGUUAGCCCUGACGAGCAGACCGUAGAGCCCGCCUCCCCGGACUCACGGCCCAACAGUGCAGGCCACACUCCUUAUUGUCUUUCCCCAGAUGAUGUGUGGUGCAAUAGGGCGACUCUUAGCAAGUUACAGGCUCAGAUGAGUAACUUGGAGUCAUUUGACAUCAACCAGCCACAUGAAGCAUCCAAGCAAAAUGAGGGGCCGCCCAAAAGCAAUCCAGAAAGUCAAACACUCCCAAAAGAGAGGCAACUAAGCUUCCUUUCUUUGGGUUCAUUUAAAGAAGGACCUUCAGACCCCUCUCCCUCUUUCACUAACACCACCACCACCACCACUACACACUCAAUGCCAGCAGAGGUGAGCUCACCUCAGUCCACAGAAGUGGACGAGUCACUAUCCAUGUCUUUGGAACAUGGACCAACCACUUUGAGCCAGAAGGAUGGGGACGACAGUGUCCAUAACUCUCAUUCCAAUGGAGGCCAUUUUGCUGGCAUGUCAUUACCGACAAAAAAGCCUCCCCGACCUUCAGUGCAGGCUUCUGAGAUGGGACGACCUCCCGCUCCAAACUCACUUAAUUUUGAUCCGUCAACUCACGACGUGGAUCUAUGUUUGGUUUCCCCCUGCGAGUUCAAGCACCUCAAACAGCCUGACUCCAGCUCGGGUGCUGGCGAGCCGACCAGAGGAGCCUUCGCUCCACAUCACCACGGCAGCAACAACCCCAAGGAUUCAUCUCCUAGUGAGUCCUGUGCCCCCGUCUGCACGGAGGACUGCCCGUCCACCACAGCCGAUGGAUGCCUGGACUCAGAUGACAAUGAUUCCAGCAGCGAGCCAUCCAAUUCUCCUCAUAAUCUCCGCUCCAGUCAGGGUCUUCCCCCGGACCCCCUCCCAGCCCCUCUGAGGGACAGCCCGCCCCUGCCCCCACAUCCGGGCACAUCCAUGCCCGUUCCUCAGUCUGAAGCCGACGCCCACAGGAAGAAAGCGAAAGCCACUGGAAUGCGGGGAAAAACUCCAGCUGUUGUCGAGCCUUCCCAAAGAUCGGUCCCAGGGAAAACCAGGACAGAGAGCCAAAGUGGAGUCCAAAAGGGCUCCCGCUACGCACCAGCAAAAUCCUCACCCAAUCCAGUCUCCAAGUCUACUUGUGAUGGCGAGGUCAGUGUGUACGUGGACCUGGCCUAUAUUCCCUCUGGAGCCUCGUCCUCAACAGUCGGUGUGGACUUCUUCAGAUGCGUUCGUUCCUCCUGUUACAUCAUCAGUGGGGACAGUCAAGAGAAGGAGGAGCUAAUGAAGAACACACUGGACGCACUACUGGAUGCCAAGAUGUCGUGGCCUGACACUAUGCAGGUGACAUUGAUUCCUACCUUUGAGUCGGUACCAAUGCAGGAGUGGUAUCAACAGACCCUGGACAGACAAAAGGAGCUGGGCAUCACCGUGCUUGGAUCCAACAGCACCGUUGCGAUGCAAGACGAGACCUUCCCAGCAUGCAAGAUAGAGUUUUGAAAAAAAAGGUGUUAAAACAGUAAAAUAAAGAAAUAGAUGUCAUGGGGAAUUACAGAGAACAUUUGGCCCCUUUCUGCACAAACAAAACGAAAAUGAGAUUCUCACCCAUCCCCUUCCUGGUAAGUAACUUCUGUGUGGGCCACUCUUGCACCAAAAAGUCCUUUUUGCAUGAUUUUUUAAAAGCAUGUCGGCUUGCAAACAUAUGGAUCCAGAUGACAGCUGUAAUUUAAAGAUGAAUCAAUACAGAUUGCAUACAUGGGAUUAAGAUCACUUUGUGUAAACUUGUUUUAUCAAUGCAUUCAGCACUGAAAGGUUAUGGUAGUUUGCUCUGUUCAAAUGCCCAUUUUGCUGCUUUUAAUGUCACAUUUACCCGUUGAUGUCACUUAUCCUGAUACUUACAAAUGACAGUGUGCGCACUUUUAUUUAGGAAAACAUUGUUCGCAGUGCGUUGCUUUAAUUUAUAAAACUGUAUUUGUCCAUAUUUGCACAGACUGUAUGUAUCGUAAAAAUAGAGUUUUACAUUGUACCUGAAGAUCUCGCAGUGUGUGGUUAAGUGUUUGUUGUGAGCACUGUAAGCAGACACGAGAUGAGCUGUGCUCAUUCAAAAAGUAUUGUGCCUCAGUGGCUUCAAUGUUGACCUCGUAAUCUCAGCAGAGAAAACUGAAGAAAUGCAAUGUAUUAGAUGUUCAGUGAUAAUCUGAGAUUAUUGAAUGGAGGUGAUCAAAAACAAAUCUGUCGACAGGGAUCAGGGGGGAAUUGGUUUAAUAGCAUUACAGCAAUCACCUCUUUAGAAUGUCACUGUAAUUGCAAUCCAUUACAGGAGCUUAAAAUCAUGUUAAUUGGUAAUUUGACAGAAAAUCCUUUUGUAAAACAAAAAGUCGAAAAUUAUAAGUGAUCACAUGUUUAGAUUGUUGUUAUGAUGAAGAUUGUUGGAGAGCCAUAUUUCCACCCCAUAACAUUUUAUAUGAGUUAAAUUCCACGCUGUGCUCCGUAAAUAUGAAAACAAUAGAUUGAAUUCAUAUCUGGAAAUAAGUAAUCCUUAUGGAGAAACUGAAAUUGCUUAAAGGCUGUCAUCAAAUCGAGUCCCUUAUUAAUUAGGUAUAGGAUUUGUAAAUAGUUGUUUAUUAUUCUUUUAGUUUAACACAUAAAAGGUGGAUUUUCCAAUAAUAAAUGACUAAUGAAAGAAUAUUUUCUGCGGUCUAAAUUAGGUAGUCCAAGAACAGGUUUCAUAUUCCGGUAAAAUGUAAACUUUUCAUGAAUAUGUAGCAUAAAGAGUUUCUACAAUAUGAAUCAAUCACAAAUACAUUAGAAACUAAAUUCAUUAUCGUUUCUGAAUCUCUAAAUUAUUUAAAAUACAUUUCAGAAUUAUGUAGAUUGAAUUUGAAUGGUUUUCUUUUAGCUACUACACUACAUGGUAUUUGUUUUAUUUUGUAAAUCCAUAUUUAUUGUCUUUUUAUUACACUCUUCUGCAAAAGGUUGCCAGAUUAAAAUGAUUUUUUAGCAAUGGGAAAUGAAGUAGAGCUGUAAUCAUUACUUGAUCUCCAAGGUAGCAAAGGGAAAACUAUGUGUAUGUGUCCCGCAUGUAUAAAAUACUGUAUGUACUCAUGUGGUUUCAUUCAUGAUAUUCAUGAAGACAGAGAGCAAAGCACUGUGGGAGAGCGAGGCGAUGGGAUGGACAUUUAAAACCUUCACUUUGCCAUCGUCUAAGUAAUAAACACAGUAUCAAUGUUAAAAUAUAUAUGGGUUUUGGGUCUGGGACUAAUGUAUGAAUAAAGAAUGUGCAUAACCAUU